AUGAAGAUUGCCUGCUUGAUCGCAUCUGCCCUUGCUAAACGACGAUUCGAUGAUGACAAGGUCGUUUCCUUCGAUAAUCUCACCGUCAGCCAGAUCCAUACUCUCAAGACCUUCGAUCGAGUUAUGAACUUCGAUUUCUGGUCUCCCGAGAGCGUCGACGAGCUCGUCCCGGGCGGCACUGCUGACAUCCACGUCUCCCAAUUCUACGCUAACGAGCUCGAAGACGCCUUCCGAGCCGCUGACUUUGAGUAUAAAUUAACCAUCCAGAACCUCCAAGAGCAAAUUGACAUUGAGACCAUGUUCUCCCGAAACCACGGGAAGGCCCACGAUCUUCUCCAAUACAAUGAUUAUGAUACCAUCAAGUCUUACUCUCAGUCGUUCGCCGGUUACUUUACUUACGGAUCUUCUUUCGAAGGCCGAGAUCUUUUCGGCGUCAAGAUCGGUACCGGGUCAAAAGUCAUCUCCGUCGAUUGCGGUAUCCAUGCCCGAGAAUGGAUCUCGCCCGCCUACUGCCAGUGGUUCAUGAACGAAGCCAAGAACGGUCAGUUCAACCAAUACCUCAGCGAUGUUACCUUUAUCGUUAUGCCUUCUAUCAACCCCGACGGUUACGCCUACACCUGGAAUAGCGACCGAAUGUGGCGAAAGAACCGAGCUACUGGCUACGGUGGCUGUGUUGGAGUCGAUCUCAACCGAAACUACGACGCCAACCACGCCGGUGAAGGUGCUUCUCCAAAUCCAUGCUCCAACACUUACCACGGUCCAUCUGCCUUCUCCGAACCCGAGGCAAAGGCCCAGCAGAUCGCCAUGCAGCCAUACAUCGAUGAUGGCAACCUCAAAGCCUUCUUAACUGUCCACAGUUAUGGCCAGUACCUCAUCUUCCCCUAUUCCUACGAUUACGCUUCUCAGGCGCCCAAUAAAGCCGAGCUUCAGGAAGUUGGUGAUGAGAUGGCCGCUGCUAUCCGAGAAGUGCACCAACAGAGCUACCUACCCGGCCAGGACAUUCUCUACGUCUGCAGCGGUGUUUCCUCAGAUUGGGCUUACGAUGCAAUGCUCAGCGCUGGCAACUCCGGCCCUCUUGCCUACACUUUCGAACUCCGAGACGAAGGUCGAUUCGGCUUCCUUCUCCCAGCCGAACAGAUUCAGCUAACCUGCGAAGAAAUCGACGCUGCUAUGCAUAAGAUUAUCAACUACGUUAUUGAGAACAAGUAA